CCACCAACCCCUCUUCUAAUGUUUGCGUGACAAAAAAGGCAAGGCAAAUCCUGCUAUGGAAUCAGAUAAUCACCACCAUGUGAAGAGCCUCCCAAUCCACAUCGACUCUUGGAUUAACUGUCUGUUUGGCUAAUAAUUUUAAUCUGUCGGAGGGGCAGAAGGGGUGAUGGGUUUGGAAUAAACAUGUAAUCCCGUUGCCCCCUCCUCCCCAGAGUCCCCACACCAGUGAUGGGCCAUAAAUGGGACCCUUGAUCAACUAAAAUAGCUGCCAGACAGACAGAAAUAAACACACUGACAUACUGUUGCCAGACUGGGCUUGCUUUACAUUGUCCAGUGGAAUGCACACGUUAGGGUGUGUAGACAACAGUGAUACUGAGAGGUUGCAGCCCAGGUUCACAGGGUCAGGGGCUGUCUGGGAACACAUGUGCAGAUGUAGACAACAUGAAGAAGAGUCCAUGGAAAGACAUUUGUUUUCAAAAAAAUAAGUAUUAUGCAAUGGUAAUAUUUAGCCUCUUUAAAGAAAUAUACUUUAGUAUUGAUCAAAAUAUUACAUCAAUCAAAAAAGAGUCCAUCCUUUGUGAUGAUUUUGAAAUAUAGGAACAGGAUGCAGACAUUUACUCCAACCUAUUUGUAAUCCUCUCAUCCUGCAAACUAACAAUAAUUAAAACUACCUCAAAUAAAGUAGGCUAAUACAUGUAUGCCUCUGGAUCAAUUCAAUAUUUCCAACCCACAACAAUCCAAUAACUAUACUGUCUUUAGGAGUCUUCUUACCGCAAACAUCUCUGCAAAGCUAUGCUUUUGUGACAAGCAUCCAAGACUUCCCAUUGAUAUUGAGCAGACAGAAUUUUACAAAUGCUUUGUAUGAAAUUGUAGGUUCUACAUUGUAGAAAUCCCUGUAUGAUUCUAGAGGAAUGGUGUUCAAAGGACCCUAUUACAUGAAACGGAUACAAUACAUCGUUUGGGAGAUGGUUGCCUUUCAAGUAUGGCACUUCUGAUGUCUUGACCGGGACGUGGCUUCUAAUGUCACACCUUUGUUGAGAUAGCCUAUCGGUCCCCCUCCCCAUCCCCCUCCUCCUCCUCAAUGUGCGAAUGACUGACUGGGAGGGCCAGGGGCUUAUAAGGGCCGGCCGAUGUCAGAGUGCCACUGUCUCUCUCUGAGCUACUUUGCAGCUGUACUUCUCUUCUCUCUGCUGGACACGAUACCCUCUUAGAAGAUUUACGAUGGAUUUGCUCCGUGUUUGCGUUUUGUGCGCUGCUGCUUUCGUCACCGUCUCCAAGGCUUUUACGCACAACGACAUGAAGGAUGCCCUGCUUCAAACACUUGGGCUGGAUGAUGUUCCGAAAAUUCACAAAAGGGAUUUGGAGAAUCUUGUCAUCCCGACGCACAUUAAGAAUAAAUACCUGUCAAUGCUGAAGCUGCACCACGACAGGCGGCGCAGGUCUCUGCCGAGCUUGGCGGGAAUCCUSAGGGGAAUUCGAGGAAAUGCAGAUAUCUCUGGAGAGUUUGUGUACUCGGACACCACUCGGCAACGGAUGGUCUUCGAUAUGGAUACCCGCAUCCCCCAUAACAGCGAGGUGACCAUGGCCGAACUGAAACUGUACAAUAAAGCCCCUAACAAGCGCUCCAUGCCCGAGAGGAGGAACCACCGGCCAGUCAACAACGCCAGAGUCUCCAUCUACUGGGUAGAUAUGCUGGAGAACGGCUCUAACAGAACCUCUCUGGUGGACUCACGGUUGAUCCCCAUCCAUGAGACCGGCUGGAAAAGCUUUGAUGUCACGCAGGCUUUGCACUAUUGGUCAAAGACGCAGCAAAAAACACCUAUGCACCUGGAGGUGUGGAUCGAGGGCGAGAGACCUGGCAGCUACGCGGCAGAAAUAGCCAAGAGUGUCCACUUUACCACCCAGGACCAGGCGGACAACACCUUGGGAAAACCUGAGCUGGUCCUCUACACGCUCAACCUCGAAGAGUUUGGGUCUCGAGGCGACUGUGAAAACAACCCAGAUAAGGACACGUGCUGCAGAGAUAAAUACUUCAUCAAUUUCCGCGCGCUCACGUGGACCCAGUACUGGAUCAUCGAGCCAGCGGGAUACCAGGCCUACAGAUGCGCCGGGGGAUGCAAGCAGCCCAAGCGCAACUAUGGCUACGGGGAGAGGAAGUGUAGCAUCGCAGAGAGCGCUCCGCUGCCCAUUAUGUACCUGGUCAAGAAGGGCGACUACACCGAGAUAGAAGUGGCCGAGUUCCCCAACAUGAUCGUGGAGUCAUGUGCCUGCACUAUGGACAACGUCUCCAUAGUUUGAAGUUAAGUGUUUGGGACUGGGCAGGGCAGGACACCUCCAAAUGGACUUACAGUACUUUUCUAUUUAAAAUAGGAAUUCUCAGGGAGAGUUGCAGGCCAUAAUAAGAGGGAGCAUGGCAGAACUCUUGAGAUAAACUAACCAAGCACUUUAUUAUAUUUUGUAAAUAAUUCAUUCAUAGGGUUUGCCUUUGUAUGAAUGGUAUACUGUACCACUCAGAAGAAAAUGUCAGAUUUGGUCUCAGAUGUUAUAUUUUUGA